AUGCCACCAUGCGUGCCCCAAUGCCGCCAUGCGUGCCCCAAUGCCGCCAUGCGUGCCCCAAUGCUGCCAUGCGUCUCCCAAUGCCACACUCCCGGCCCACGUGUGUGUUGGCAGGAGGGGCAGGGAGCGGAGGCGGGGCAGGAGGUGCUGGCGGAGCAGGCGGGGCGGCAGGCGGGGUUGGCGGGGCAGGAGGCUGCGGAGGCGGUGAGGAGCAACGAGGGCUACGUGGCGUUGGCGUGGGCCAGACGCACCGAGGCGCGCGGCGGGUGGUGGGACGGGCGACACAUGACGCAGCUCGUGGCGGCGGCCGGUGCGGACGGGCGCACUGGACGGCCCGCGCAGGGCACCUGCUCGGGAAAAGAUGCGCUCGGGGCGGGGGAGGCAGAGGGAAAGGACGCGGCGAGGGGCAAGUCCGCCGCGAGUGAGUCCGCCGCGAGUGAGUCCGCAGCGAGUGAGCCGGUGCCGAGUGAGUCCGCAGCGAGUGAGCCGGUGGCGAGUGAGUCCGCAGCGAGUGAGCCGGUGGCGAGUGAGUCCGCAGCGAGUGAGCCGGUGGCGAGUGAGUCCGCAGCGAGUGAGCCGGUGGCGAGUGAGACGGCAGCGAGUGAGACGGUAGCGAGUGAGUCGGCAGCGAGUGUGUCGGCAGCGAGUGAGUCGGCAGCGAGCGAGGACGAGGGGACGGACAGGAGGGCCACGGCCACCACCAGCCAUAGAGGGGCCUCGUGUGCUCCCGAGGAGCUCCCUUUCAGCACAGCACACUGCACAUGUGCAAGCAUCACUCCUAACGUCUACGCUGCUGGCAUGCUGCCGUGGUGGUGGGGUGGCGUGGUGGCAGGGGGGCGGGGAGCAACAGGGGGGCGGCGAGCAGCGGAGGGGCGGGAGGGGGGGGAGCUAUGGGAGUCGGCGCUGUCUUUUGACCGCCUCUUCUGCUGCGUCUGUCAGGUGAGCCGCCUCUUCUGCUGCCUCUGCCAGGUGAGCCGCCUCUUCUGCUGCCUCUGCCGGGUGAGCCGCCUCUUCUGCUGCCUCUGCCGGCGGCACGACAACAGCCCCAACACCACAUCUAAGGUGCCCUCCCCUGCCACCCUCCCCCUGCCGCCCUCACUUGCCGCCCUCCCCUGCUCCCUCCCCUGCCGCCCUCCCCUGCUGCCCGCCUUUGCUGCCCUCCCUUGCCGCCCUCUCCAGCCAGCACGAGUUGCCAGUGACGACCUCACGGCGCCCUUCAGCCCUCCCUCGCCGCCACCCCAACCACCCGCUGUGUCCUGUGGCCCGCACUGCCACGUGCUGGCCUCACGUGCAGCUGGCACACGGCCCGGUGUGCCUCGCAGCCCUCUGCGCCACCCAUGCUGCGUGCACCCGCCAGCGCCGGUGGCGCCACCCUCUGCUGCCGUGAAGGCGCUGCUGCAGCAGCGGUCGCACAUUCCCUCCUGCCAGCUCGUGAGUGCAGCCGGCAGAGUGGUGAGUGCAGCCGGCAGAUUGGUGAGUGCAGCCGGCAGAGUGGUGAGUGCAGCUGGCAGAGUGGUGAGUGCAGCCGGCAGAGUGGUGAGUGCAGCCGGCAGAGUGGUGAGUGCAGCCGGCAGAGUGGCGAGUGCAGCCGGCAGAGUGGCGAGUGCAGCCGGCAGAGUGGCGAGCGCAGCCGGCAGAGUGGUGAGUGCAGCCGGCAGAGUGGUGAGUGCAGCCGGCAGAGUGGUGAGUGCAGCCGGCAGAUUGGUGAGUGCAGCCGGCAGAGUGGUGAGUGCAGCCGGCAGAGUGGUGAGUGCAGCCGGCAGAGUGGUGAGUGCAGCCGGCAGAGUGGUGAGUGCAGCCGGCAGAGUGGUGAGUGCAGCCGGCAGAGUGGUGAGUGCAGCCGGCAGAGUGGUGAGUGCAGCCGGCAGAGUGCAGUGGGGGGGAGGGGAUCUGCAGCACCAGCUCCCCAGCCCCCCUUUUCUCCUCCAUUCCCCUGCUGCGGGUGCAGCAGUGGGGGGGAGGGGAUCUGCAGCACCAGCCCCCCCGCCGCCCCCCCCCUUCUCCUCCAUCCCCCUGCUGCGGGUGCAGCAGUGGGGGGGAGGGGAUCUGCAGCACCAGCCCCCUCCCCCCCCCCUUCUCCUCCAUCCCUUUGCUGUGGGUGCAGCAGUGGGGGGAGGGGAUCUGCAGCACCAGCCCCCCCGCCCCCCCCCUUUCUCCUCCAUCCCCCUGCUGCGGGUGCAGCAGUGGGGGGGAGGGUAUGGGGGUGGCGGGUGUGAGUGA